AAACGAAAGUUUUUUUUUUUUUUCUUUCUUUCUUUUAGACUAAACAAUAUUCUGAAUUUGAAAUAGAUCCAAUUGAAUUACCACGAAAAUCAUCGUCAUCAUCAAUUAUUGAUAAUAAUUAUCAACAACCAAUUGAUAUGACUACAACAGGAAAUAAUUAUAAUUCAAUUGAUAAUACAACUAAAACUAUUGGAAAAUCUUCACCGAAUAAAGUAUAA